CAUAUGUGAUUAGGGAAAUCCAAAUUGCAACAACAUUGAGCUAUCACCAUACACAUAUUGGAACAGCUAAAAUCCAAAACGCUGACAAUACCAAAUGUUGGCAAGGGUGUGGAGCAUCAAGAACUCUUAUAUAUGCUGCUGGUGGAAUGGAAAAAUGGUAUAGCCACUUUGGAAGUCAGUUUGGUGCUUUCUUAUAAAACUAAACAUACUCUUACCAUACAAUUCAGCAAUUGUGAGCCUUAGUAUUUGCCCAAAGGAAUUGAAAAUUGAUGUUUGCAUAAUUUGGAUGUCCAUAAACAUCCAUGUGCAGCUUUAUUAAUAAUUUCCAAAAUUUGGAUGUAACCAAGAUGUCCUUCAGUAGAUGAUGGAUGAAGAAACUGUGGUACAUCCAUAUAAUGGAAUAUUAUUCAGCAUUAAAAAGAAAUUAACUCCCAAGCUAUGAAGAUAUAUGGAGAAAACUUAAAUGUGUAUUGUUAAGUGAAAGAGGCCAAUUUGCAAAGGCUAUAUACUGUAUCAUUCCAAGAAUGUUAACUUUUCAGAAAAGGCAAAACAAUAGAGACAGUAAAAACAUCAGUGGUUGCCAGGGAAUAAGCGGAGGAAGGGUGGACUACAUCAGUGGAUACAUGUCCCAAUACAUUUGUCCAAAUCCAUAGAAAGUACAACACUAAGCAUGAACCCUAGUUUAAGCCAUGGACUUUCAGUGAUAAUGACAUGUGAAUAUAGGUUUAUCAAUUGUAACAGAUACACCAUUCUGGUGAGGGAUGUUGAUAGUGGAGGAGGUUGUGCAUAUGUGAGGGCAGGGAGUAUCAGGGAACUCUCCAUACUUUUCAGUUUUGCUCUGAACCUAAAUCUGCCCUAAAACUUAAAGUUUAUUAUUUAUAUACAUAAUACACAUAUUCAUUCCCAGGACAUACUCUGGACCUGUUGAAUCACAACCCUCAGUGAAUAGCCCAGGUUUUGUAUGUCUGUGUCGGGGUGUGUGUGUGUGUGUGUGUGUGUGUGUGUGUGUGUUCAAUUCCAGGAUAUUCUGAUGAUAAACCAAGUUUAGGAACAAGUAGAAGAGAAAGAAGCAUGAGGUUUGGAACUGGAUAGACUUGAGUUUGAAUUCUAGAGCUGCCACUUUCCAGCUGUGCAACAUUGGACAAGUUAUUAACUUCUCGACAAUGGGGAAUCAUCAUAAUUACCCACAGGGUUCAUGGGAGGAUUGAACCAGAUGACAUAUUGUGACCCUGGAAGUGAUAGACAGGGACAGCUGUAAAGGCUCAUGGGCCUCAUCAGCAGAAAGAAUUAGAUCCUGAAUGAAGUCCAGGGAGUGGCAUAAACACUUCUUUGUUCUCCCCUCAUGCCCUGAAUACCCCCCUUCGGUCAUUGCUGAUUCUUCUUCCCACUCGUGCCUGGAUAUCUCUUUCCCCUUGGUCUCCAUUUCCCAAUGGUUCUGAUCUGAUCAGCUACUACCUCUUAUACCAGCAGGUCCCAUUUUCCCAGCAGACAAGAGAGCCAGACAAACCUCUCUUACUAGUACUCAUCACCUCUCAUUACAUUCUUGCACAGUUCUUAUGUUAAAACCCCCACUUUCUCCACUUAGGGUGAGAAUGGAACAGAGAGCUACUUCCUACCACAAGUGCAAAUUGCCUGGCACAUGUCUAAGCUGAAGAUGAGUUCUUUCCCUUUGUCCUGCCUCCUUUGGCCUCGUUUUCUUCCUUGCCAGAAGCUUGAACCCAUUGACCUGCCACAAGUAAUUACCUCUGAAAUGCUCCUGAGCCAGCAAGAAGCCAGAACAACUCACAGAGCUAAGGAACUGGAAAAGAAGAUGCAAACUCCAGGGUACACUCCCGGGAAAAGACAAUACUUACAUAAGAUGCGAAUGCUGGAAAUGAACCGUAACAGACAAGAGGCCCAAGCAGAGUUGAAGAAAAGUCUUCAUAGGGAGGCAAGAAUUAAUCAAAAACCAAGGAACCAUAAAGCCAAGAAAAUCCUUCAAAGCAUCCCAAGAAACCCAAGAAAUGAUGACGGGGACCUUCCAAUCUUGUUGCCAGAUGAGACCUUGAACAGAAGAAGUCCAGGAAAUUUACAGAAUGAAGAUUUUGGGGAAUAUCAAGCAAUGAAUGAUUACUGUCCCCAGAAAAUUGGCAAAAUGGAAACAUGGCUCCGUGAACAAGAGGCUCAGGGACAGCUUCUCUGGGACAGCUCCAGCUCUGACUCAGAGGAGUUGAAGAAAAGUGAGAAGAAACCACAAGCACUGGUGAGGACCAGGACAGAGAGAAUUCCACUUUUUGAUGAGUUUUUUGAUUGAGAAUAAAAAUACUAUUCACUAACAUAGAAA